CACAUCCAUCACUAUCCAUAAUAUCAUCAAAAAACCAUCUAUAACAUCGUCAAAAUGGACCUCGGAAGCUGUUGUUAGAGACUUGAUGACUAUCUCUCGUUCGUGUCUCCAUAUAUCGCCGUAUCGAUCCACACUACUGGUUUCGUCACACCACCCUCAUCUACCAACCCCAUCACCGUCCCCAUCACCAUCCCCGUCUACAGCAUGACCGCCACUCUCGAACGCAGUCUCUCUCGCACCUCCAGUGUCUCUAUGCCACUCUCGCCUAUGAUCUCAUUCCGCCAUGAAGCUACAACUCCUAUCUCCGAAUCAUCCCUUUCUCACAUCCACGAGCGGCUCUCCGCCAUUGAAUCCCGUCUCCUCGAGCUAAGAUCUACCGCUCUGACUAAGGAUGGAUACGUCGACCGACGCAAUCGGGAAGAUGAGCAUAUCCGUCGAGAAUUCGAAGCCCACCGAUCCAUCAGCAACAGAAUCGACCUGAAUGUUGUUGCAUUGAGAGCGGACGUUGGCCAGUUGAAGUCAGGAAUAUUACAGCUAAAGUCAAGCCUCGGACAAGCUGGGAAUGAAACCGUCUUCCUUCGCAGCGAUGUGGAUCGACUGUCGAAGAAUGUCGACCAGAUCCAGGUUGAUUUAGAACAUAUGCAGACUGACGUCUGUGGGUGUCGUGUGGAGAUUAGUAAAUUGCAGUCUGCCAUCAGCCAGCUUCGCACAGAACUUAUCACAUUGCAGCAUGAGACGUCGCGGCAUUUGAACUCCUUCCUCGAACGCUUUUCCCUUAUCGAAGCGCGCAUGAAGCACUCCGAACGUGUCCGGUUUAACUCGCUGGCUCAUACUACCCACGCACCUAUCACACCUGUUCCUAUUGUUGAGGAAGAUGGGUCCUUGCGUUGGCCGGAUUAUUUUCCCAGGACUGUGUGGAGGUUCUGGUGUUUGAAAAAACGCAGUCGGCACAACCGUUUGGCACAACUCGCCGAAUUUUACCAGCUGGGUGGAUAUGAAUAUUGGGGCCGCAUGCAUCAGACAGAUGGGAUGUUCAGUGAUAGCGACUCUAGCGAUUCCAGCGACUGCCCUUCAAACCUCACCCGCGCUGAAGCGGUUCGCAUGUUCCCGGAAGCUGCCCAUCAAGCUCUCGCCGCAACCCUGGGUCUCGUGUACUAUAAAAUCCGCAACGAGGUGGGAGACCACCCUUUAUCUCCCAUUCAGCGCCCACCGAAGCGACAUCAGGAAGAGGUGGCCUCCGUCUCGUCAAGUUCCAAGCAGAAGCCUGUCAAGAUGGCUCGCCGUCCGACGAACCUCUCUCCUACCGCCCUUCACAAACUCAUCACUGGAGGUCCAUCGCUGGAAUCCAAAUCCCUGACAUCUGAAGAAUCUGCCAAACUCGGUUGGAACGCUAACGCGACCGAGAUUUCGGAUGAUACGAUGAGCAAACUCCGGGGCAUUGUUUCAGAAGAAGUCGGGACUAUUCUCCGCGCAUUAGAACGUGGUCGACUGAAGAUCGUACCUAGCAGAUCUGAGCGCAUGGAGAUGAGCCCCACAGGUUCUCGCUCUAGUUCUCGCAAUGACAAGGCUCCUGCUGUCAAGGAUGUGGAACCCACUGUUCCGGACACAGUUCCCACUGAGAUUAUCUCCCUUUCCUUGAGAAAGGACGUGCAAAAGGCAGAAGUGGGGAUUGAACCUACCAUUCCUGAUACUGCUUCUGAGACUACCAGCGUGUCGACUUGAGCUAUACAGCUAUUCUGCUGCUGUAAGAUUUUAUACCACAACCGCUCCUAGGACUACGUGGGUAUAUCUAGCAGGCCUGGCCAUUCUGUCCGACGAUCAUGGAAGAACCUUUGUUCGUUGAUGUGAAGGAUGCAUGAGGUCGAAUAUAUCGCAUUUGAGCCUUAAGUCAGGCCGUGGUUACCAGGAUCGACCUUUCUGGCGGAGAUGGAGAAUCGUCUCCAGCCCUGGUCAUUGUCUA